AUGGUGGCAGUCAAACAUGUUCACAAAUGGAGAAACAAGAACUACCAUGAAAUAAGAAGAAAGAAAACUAUAAUUCAGAAGAAAAAAAAAGCCAAACAAUUACCACCAACCUUAGUAGAAGCAGAAAAGAAAGAAGAAGAGUUAUGUAGAGACAGAAAAGAAGGAAGAAGAGUUGUGGUAGUUAAAUAUGUUCACAAAUGGAGAAAUAAGACCACUACUACAAGACUAGAAGCAAAAAAACAAACUAUUCAUUGCCUGAAGCGUUACCUGGAAGGAAGAAGAAUGAGAAAUAAGGCUACUACCACAAUACUAGAAGGAAAGAAAGCAAACUGUUUAUUGCCUGAAGCAUUACCUGAAAGAAAAAAGAAUAGUGGUAGUCAAACACAUUCACAAAUAGAGAAACAAGAACCACUGCAAGAUCAGAAAAAAAGAAACCCCAUAAUUCAGAAUAAAAAAAAAGUCAAACAAUUACCACUAAUCUUAAUAGAGCCAGCUAUUAACUAA